AUGCAGCAACAAGAGGAAGCAGCGGGCAACGCCCCAUGGGGCUCGUUGGGGGGCCUCGCCAUGCGACUGACUAUUGGAGUGGCUGGAGCGUUGGCUGCUUCUGGAUGGCUUCAUGCUGAAGUGCUUCAGCAGCUGCAACUCUUUGAAACCCAAGACUACGAUUCCUCUAGAGUCUGCGGUUGUGGAGGGCAUUCGCCGUAUCUACACUGCGCUGCACCUACACUGACUGCCGUGGCUGCUCCUGCUCCUGCUGUCUCGCAACAGCCUCCCCCCCUGCCCCUCCCGUCACGUCUUGUGCCACUACCCUACACUCCACUGCCUCUCUUGCGUCUGCUCAAUGCAACGCAACUCCCUGAGGAAGCCGCUACAGGCGCAGCUGCAGGUGCUGCAGUGGCCGACGAAGGGGCCCAAGCUUGGCUCCAACCCGGAAGCGCACCCUUUCAGGAAGUGGUGGCGCGUCUGCUGAUGUGCACAGAGUGUCUGUACAGCCCCAGUGGCUUCGCUCUGUGCAGCAGUGAGCAGAAACAGCAGCAGCUGCUGCUGCAGCAGCUGCAACUGCCGCUGACGCUAGGCACUUGGAGCACGAGGGAUGUCAUAGACACCCCAACACUUGAAGGGGACUUUAUUCGUGUACAGACACCCCCGCCGCUGCUGCCCUGGUGGCAUGCGGAUUCUGCAGCUGUCAAGACAGCGUUUGGUGCUGCCGCAGGAGAGGGAGCCUCAGCAACGCGAGCUGGCUUCAAUGCAGAAAGCUUCGCUGGCACAGAUGCCGACGGGACGGUGUAUAUCAUUGCGAGCAGCGCUGACAUGUGCAGCUUGACGGGGAGACUAGACGCAUCGCGCUGCAUUGCCACUGCUCCUGCUGCGGCUGCCCCUGUCGAAGGUUGUGGGGUAAAGACAGAAUCCCCCUCUUGUUUUUCGGCCUUACUGGAGCGUUCAGCAGCAGCAGCAGUUGUUGUAGCAGCGGUGAUUGCAAAAACAGCGCAGCUGCUUGCGGCAUCUUGCUGCUCUCUUCUUGAGCCACUCCGCCCCUCAGUACCCUCAGUAGGCUGGCAGAUAUCUCGGGAUGUUUCGCACCCCUCGGGUCGUUGCAUUGUCACAUGUGUUAUCACCGUAGCGUCUCCCCCCCCCAAGGAAUUUGUGAGGGCAGCAGCUGCACGAGCUGCAGCAGACGCAGCGGCUGCGCUCACUCCCUUCUUCGAAGGGAGUCGCAAGACUCCCCAAGCUGCGGAUGCUGCUAAGCGCUUCGCUGCAUCUGCCGUGGCUUGUGUCUUGACAGCAGGCGCAUUCGAACUGUGGCAGCCAGAAACCCCUAGGCAGCGCUUUCUGCCGUGGCUCAUGCUGGCAGGGAUGGCGGCUUCGCGACGAACAGCGCUUGCUGCCUCGGUGUGUCUGAGCUUUGUUCGGCAUCUCUUCGUCCUCAACAAAGUCUUGUCUGCUCAGGGGAGAAUCCAGCAAUCGACCCUUCAACGUAUGUUCUGGGAAGCCUGCCACGCUGGCAGCACUUGUGUGCAUGCAGCGGCUUUCUAG